AUGGUUUUAUGGACAGAUUCUGUUAGAGCAGUGGUGGUGUCCAAUCCAACAGCCUUGUCAUCUGUGCCUGCAGUGUCCGGUCCUAUAAUGUGGUCGCGAGUGUGCGAUGAUUCAGCACACUCCUUAUCGUCUACAAAAUUAAACGUAGCCGUUUUAAAUUUUUCAGACUGGCUGACGUUUGCAGAAAAUUAUGAAAUUGUGUGGCAAACGGAUACAGUAACAGCAGUUAUGGCGCUGAUGCCAAUGGAAAUGUCAUCCGUAGCUGCAGUGGUCGGGCCAGUAAUGUCUUCGAAGGUGUUUGAGACGUCAUCACGACUUUCAUCGCUUCACAGCAGAAGAGUGGAAAGUAGAAAACGAAAGCUAAAUGAUGACUACAAUGGUAUUCCAUAUAAAAGAAUGAAAUUGACAACACCAACGUAA